AUGUCUGCAGAGGCAGCUAUGUCUAUGUGUGACCCUGAAUUUGGCGGUGGCAAGGCGAAGGCGCCAAGCAUGGGGGGCAGGUGUCGUGGGUCCUGGUACGAGCGGUUCCUGCAGCCCUGUCUGGUGGAACUGCUGGGCUCUGCCCUCUUCAUCUUCAUCGGCUGCCUGUCGGUCAUCGAGAACGGGACGGAUACGGGGCUGCUGCAGCCGGCCUUGGCACACGGGCUGGCCCUGGGCCUCAUCAUCGCCACACUGGGGAAUAUCAGUGGUGGACACUUCAACCCUGCGGUGUCCCUGGCAGCCAUGCUGAUCGGAGGCCUCAACCUGGUGAUGCUCCUUCCCUACUGGAUCUCCCAGCUGUGCGGGGGGCUGAUCGGGGCCGCUUUGGCCAAGGCAGUGAGUCCUGAAGAGAAGUUCUGGAACGCGUCAGGGGCGGCCUUUGUGACAGUCCAGGAGCCGGGGCAGGUGGCGGGGGCGGUGGUGGCGGAGCUCAUCCUGACGGCACUGCUGGCGCUGGCCGUAUGCAUGGGCGCCAUCGACGAGAGGACGCAGGGCCCUCUGGCUCCGUUCUCCAUCGGCUUUGCAGUCACCGUGGACAUCCUGGCGGGGGGUGCCGUGUCUGGAGCCUGCAUGAAUCCCGCCCGGGCGUUUGGACCUGCUGUGGUGGCCAAUCACUGGGACUUCCACUGGAUCUACUGGCUGGGCCCGCUCCUGGCCAGCCUGCUUGUGGGAGUGCUCAUCAGGCUCUUCAUUGGAGAUGGGAAAACCCGCCUAAUACUGAAGGGACGGUGA